AAUUAAAACGUUGUCAUAGGGACUCUGCAACUAUAACCACGUUUUAAUUUGAAAAUGCGCACCGGACGUCACGUCGGGGCUCGCCUGUCGCUCCUUGACAGCUGGUUGUUGUUGACUCUCCGUCGCUCGCCGCCUCCAGUCACGUUGCGCUCGCUCGGAGCCCGCCGCCGUCCGCCAAGAUGAGUCUUGCCAUGAGGUUUUGGACCCUGGUGGUCAACGUGUUGUGCAUCCCGAUGCAUGUGCUCAAAGCGGUGGGUUUGUAUGAAGGCUACAAACGCAUCUUCCCCAUUUGCCAGCAGCGCAUCUCGGUAAACUACAACAAGAUAAUGCACGAAAGGAAAGCGGAGUUGUUUCGCAGUCUGCCCGAGUUCAUCAAGCCCGGCGGAAAGCUCACUAUUCUGGAAAUCGGAUGCGGCUCUGGGGCAAAUUUUGAGUUUUAUCCGCCUGGCUGCAAGGUGAUCUGCACGGAUCCGAACCCGCACUUCCAGAAGUAUCUGGACAAAAGCAUGAAGCAGAACGACCACCUCACCUACGACCGAUUCGUGGUGGCCUCGGCCGAGGACCUGGCUGCGGUCGGGGACGAGUCGGUGGACGCCGUCGUGUGCACCCUGGUGCUGUGCAGCGUCCGAGACAUCCCGCAAACCCUGAGAGAGGCGCACCGCGUUCUGCGCAGAGGUGGCGGCUUCUUCUUCCUGGAGCAUGUGGUUGCAGACCCCUCAACAUGGUCAUACUUCUUCCAGCACGUCCUCCAGCCUAUGUGGUACUACUUUGGGGAUGGAUGCGAGGUCACCCGGGAAACCUGGAAAUAUGUGGAGGAAGCUGGAUUCUCUGAGCUCAAACUUAGACACCUUGAAGCACCACUCAUCUUUAUUAUCAAACCGCACAUAGUAGGCUAUGCUGUGAAAUAAAUUCCUGCUAAUUACCUUCGUAACAAGUUAUACGACUACCAGUAUAUGAAUAUAAGUUUUGUAUCGUGCCCAUUGUUUGUGUGGCGUGAACACCGGGGGGGAAAAAGCAAUCAUCCUUUAAUUUUUAAAUGUUUUUUAAAGACUAUACCUGUUUAUAGACAGUGCACAAUACUAAUGUUUAUAGUAGUGAUAAGCACACAUCUUGAUUUUAUAUGAGCAAGUCACAUAACCGUACAUCAGUAGUAGCAGCUAACAUAGGAAGCUGCACCAGUACUCAUCUGUGAGGCCACUUCAAUCAAUCGGUGCCAUGUUAUUAUUGCAUUUCCUCGUUUCAAUGGAGAUUAAAAGAUUGUUUAAAAAUGUAAAA